AUGGCGGAAUAUCGGCGGCACCCAGGAAUGCCCACUGGACCCUGUUGUUCCCGGGGCCCCAAGACUGCGGCCAGGUCUGAAGACUGGUUUAGUGGUUAUAAACUGCAAGCACAGGUUCACAUUGGUGGGAAAGGAACAGCUUGCCAAAAGAAGGUGGUUCAUAGAACAGCUACAGCAGAUGAAAAAAAAAAACUUCAGUUCUCCUUAAAGAAGUUAAGGGUAAACAAUACCUCUGGUAUUGAAGAACUAAAUAUGUUCACAAACCAAGGAACAGUGAUCCACUUUAACAACCCUAAAGUUCAGGCAUUGUGGGCAGUGAAUACUUUUAUUAUUACAGGCCAUACUCAGAUAAAGCAGCUUACAGAAAUGCUUCCCAGUAUCUUAAACCAACUUUAUGCAAACAGUCUGACUAGUUUCAGAAGACUGGCUGAAUCUCUGCCCAAACAAUCUUUGGAUGAAAAAGCACAAGUUGCUACCAGAAAGGUGGAUGAUGAUGAAAUUCUAGAUCUUGUGUACAAUUUUGAUGAAGCUUCAAAGAAUGAAGCAAAGUGA